CCCCCCCAGCCAGCCCCCGCCGAGGCCGCUGCAACCUCAGCGUUGGAGCCGGCGCGGGUACAUCCCCCGCGCCGCCGGGCCGCCCUGGGCGGGACUCCUCCCGCGGCCUCCGGGGCCACGGGGCGCGCGCAACAGGCGGCCCGAGCCAGCGGGAAGCUGGAGCGGCGGCGGCGUCGACCUCGGAGGGGAAUGGAGAGGCGAGGCCAGGCAGAGCCCCGCGCAGCCUUGGAGUCUCUCCUGCUGCCGGUGCUACUGCUGCUGGCGGUCCUGUGGACGCAGGCGGCCGCCCUCAUUAACCUCAAGUACUCGGUAGAAGAGGAACAGCGCGCCGGGACGGUGAUCGCUAACGUGGCCAAGGACGCGCGGGAGGCGGGCUUCGCGCUGGACCCCCGACAGGCUUCUGCCUUCCGCGUGGUGUCCAACUCUGCUCCGCACCUGGUGGACAUCAACCCCAGUUCGGGCCUGCUGGUCACCAAGCAGAAGAUCGACCGCGACCUGCUGUGCCGCCAGAGUCCGAAGUGCAUCAUCUCGCUGGAGGUCAUGUCCAGCUCAAUGGAGAUCUGUGUGAUUAAGGUGGAGAUCAAGGACUUGAACGACAAUGCCCCCAGUUUCCCAGCGGCACAGAUUGAGCUGGAGAUCUCUGAAGCGGCUAGCCCAGGCACGCGCAUCCCUUUGGACAGUGCCUACGAUCCCGACUCUGGCAGCUUUGGAGUGCAGACCUACGAGCUCACGCCUAAUGAGCUAUUUGGCCUGGAGAUCAAGACGCGGGGCGAUGGUUCACGUUUUGCAGAACUGGUGGUGGAGAAGAGCCUGGACCGGGAGACACAGUCACACUACAGCUUUCGCAUCACUGCGCUCGACGGCGGCGACCCGCCACACUUGGGCACUGUUGGCCUCAGCAUCAAGGUGACCGACUCCAACGACAACAACCCGGUUUUUGGCGAGUCCACUUACGCAGUGAGCGUGCCUGAGAAUUCACCUCCCAAUACACCUGUCAUCCGCCUCAAUGCCAGUGAUCCAGAUGAGGGCACCAAUGGUCAGGUGGUCUACUCCUUCUAUGGCUAUGUCAACGACCGCACACGUGAGCUCUUUCAAAUUGAUCCACACAGCGGCCUGGUCACUGUCACCGGUGCCCUAGACUAUGAAGAGGGCCACGUGUACGAACUGGACGUGCAGGCCAAGGACCUGGGGCCCAACUCUAUCCCUGCACACUGCAAAGUCACUGUCAGCGUGUUGGACACUAAUGACAACCCACCUGUUAUCAACCUGCUGUCUGUCAAUAGCGAGCUGGUGGAAGUGAGUGAGAGCGCCCCCCCGGGCUACGUGAUUGCCCUGGUUCGGGUGUCUGAUCGCGACUCUGGUCUCAAUGGACGUGUGCAGUGCCGUUUGCUGGGCAAUGUGCCCUUUCGGCUUCAGGAGUAUGAGAGCUUUUCCACGAUCCUGGUGGAUGGACGGCUGGAUCGUGAGCAGCACGACCAGUACAAUCUUACUAUUCAGGCACGAGACAGCGGCGUGCCCAUGCUGCAAAGUGCCAAAUCCUUUACUGUGCGCAUCACUGAUGAGAAUGACAACCACCCACACUUCUCCAAGCCUUACUAUCAGGUCAUUGUACAGGAGAACAACACACCCGGUGCCUAUCUGCUCUCUGUGUCCGCCCGCGACCCUGACUUGGGUCUCAAUGGCAGUGUCUCCUACCAGAUUGUGCCGUCACAGGUGAGGGACAUGCCUGUCUUCACCUAUGUCUCCAUCAAUCCCAACUCUGGUGAUAUCUAUGCACUGCGCUCCUUCAACCAUGAACAGACCAAGGCAUUCGAAUUCAAGGUGUUGGCCAAGGAUGGCGGUCUGCCCUCCCUGCAAAGCAAUGCCACAGUGCGGGUCAUCAUCCUCGACGUCAAUGACAAUACCCCGGUUAUCACCGCCCCUCCUCUGAUCAAUGGCACCGCUGAGGUCUACAUUCCUCGAAACUCCGGCAUAGGCUACUUGGUGACUGUUGUUAAGGCAGAGGACUAUGAUGAGGGUGAAAAUGGCCGGGUCACCUAUGACAUGACAGAGGGUGACCGUGGUUUCUUUGAAAUAGAUCAGGUCAAUGGAGAAGUCAGAACCACUCGCACCUUUGGUGAGAGCUCUAAGGCUUCCUAUGAGCUUAUUGUGGUGGCCCAUGACCAUGGCAAGACAGCUCUCUCUGCCUCUGCGCUUGUCUUAAUCUACCUGUCCCCAGCCCUGGAUGCCCAAGAGUCAAUGGGCUCCGUGAACCUGUCCCUGAUAUUCAUUAUCGCCCUGGGCUCCAUUGCAGGCAUCCUCUUUGUCACUAUGAUCUUUGUGGCAAUCAAGUGCAAACGUGACAACAAAGAGAUCCGGACCUACAACUGCAGUAAUUGUUUAACCAUCACUUGUCUCCUCGGCUGUUUUAUAAAAGGACAAAACAGCAAGUGUCUGCAUUGCAUCUCGGUUUCUCCCAUUAGCGAGGAGCAAGACAAAAAGGCAGAGGAGAAAGUGAGCCUAAGGGGAAAGAGAAUCGCUGAGUACUCCUAUGGGCAUCAAAAGAAAUCAAGUAAGAAGAAAAAAAUUAGUAAGAAUGACAUCCGCCUGGUACCUCGGGAUGUGGAGGAGACAGACAAGAUGAAUGUUGUCAGUUGCUCCUCCCUUACUUCAUCCCUCAACUAUUUCGACUACCACCAGCAGACGCUGCCCCUGGGUUGCCGCCGCUCUGAGAGCACUUUCCUGAAUGUGGAGAACCAGAAUACCCGAAAUACCAGUGCCAACCACAUCUACCAUCACUCUUUCAACAGCCAGGGCCCACAGCAGCCAGAUCUGAUAAUCAAUGGUGUACCCCUGCCUGAGACUGAAAACUAUUCUUUUGACUCCAACUAUGUGAAUAGCCGAGCCCACUUAAUCAAAAGCAGCUCCACCUUCAAGGACCUAGAGGGCAACAGUCUGAAGGACAGUGGGCAUGAGGAGAGUGACCAGACUGACAGCGAGCAUGAUGUCCAGAGGAGCCUGUACUGUGAUACUGCUGUCAACGAUGUGCUGAACACCAGCGUGACCUCCAUGGGAUCUCAGAUGCCCGACCAUGAUCAGAAUGAAGGGUUUCAUUGCCGGGAAGAAUGCCGGAUUCUUGGCCACUCUGAUAGAUGCUGGAUGCCCCGGAAUCCCAUGCCCACCCGCUCCAAGUCCCCUGAGCACGUGAGGAACAUCAUCGCGCUGUCCAUCGAAGCUACCGUUGCUGAUGUUGAGGCUUAUGACGACUGCGCCCCCACCAAGCGGACUUUCGCAACUUUUGGAAAAGAUGUCAGCGACCACCCUGCUGAGGAGAGACCCACCCUGAAAGGCAAGAGGACUGUCGAUGUGACCAUCUGCAGCCCCAAAGUCAACGGCGCUAUCCGGGAGGCGGGCAAUGGUUGUGAAGCUAUUAGCCCCGUCACUUCCCCGCUCCAUCUCAAGAGCCCUCUGCCCACCAAGCCUUCUGUGUCUUACACCGUCGCCCUGGCUCCCCCGGCCCGCGAUCUGGAGCACAGUGUCAACAACGGCGCCUCUCGUCCUUCUGAAGCUGAGCCCCGCGGAGCUGAUAGUGAGAAAGUCAUGCAUGAGGUCAACCCUAUUCUGAAGGAGGGUCGCGACAAGGAGUCCCCUGGCGUGAAACGUCUGAAGGAUAUCGUUCUGUAAACCAGUCUUGGGGAAGAAGAGAAUGAAACCACACUGGCAAGUGAAGACGCAGGAGCUGCUCGUUUUAUUGGCUCACCAAUGGUUGGUUACUGAGUGGCUAUAUUGCAGAACUUUCCCUAAACGUAUUGUUUAUAAAUGACUAUCAUUCUGUGACAAUCCCUCUCGUUUCAAUAGGCAGCAGGGGUGUUCAGUGGGAGCAAAUUAGCUUUGGAGUGUGUUGUUCAUGGGGCCUUGAUGUUGGGGAAACAGAGACAAAUUCAGUUGUGAAAAGUAUUAUGUAUUAAGUGUUUGAAUUUAUAUAUUUUUCUAUGUCAAAAUGAUAAUAUAAAUUACCAUUGUUUGUGGAGAAUUACAUUUAAAAAAAAGCAAAAAGCAAAAAAAAAAAGCUCUGAACACCUUUAAUAAGCUCACCACUGUUUUUUGUAGUGUAGGCAAGUUAAUGGUCAUUUAUUGUGUACUAUUCAUUGAUUCAGUGAUGUGAAAUCGAGCCCCCAAAAGGUUGUUUCUGAAGCUCGAGUACUUUCCAAUGCCGCUACUUUGCUGUGGACGCCCCUGCUUUAAGAACCCUUUUGCUAGCUGUGCUGUUGUUGUAUUUGAUAUUGCAAAUUGCUAUGUGUGUGCUGAUGGCAAAAGGCUUUUAAAGGUUGAUGUUUUUUUUCUUAAAAAAUAAUAAAAAUAUAGACAAAAACAUAAAUGCAAACAACCGAGACAGCAAACGAAUGAGCAACACCACACCUACCACCUAUGGACUGAGUACUUGGAGGAUACAGUUUUUAAUCCAUGUGGUGAUUGCUUACCACCUUGCAGAGGAUUUUUCCUGCCUUUCAGUCUUCUGCCCAGGUCCGUGCGAGAUCAUCACAGAAAGUCAUUUUUGGAUAUGCUGCUAUCUGAUUUGCAGUUUUCAGAAAUACUGUGCUGAAAGUUUUAUGAGAUCCUAUUUUUUUUUUCUAAUUUUCAGACCCUGAGCAGGAAAGUUGCUCCUGAAGUUAUCAGUUUUCAGGCUGAGAAACUCCCUGUCUCCAAUCAUCUAAAACUCAUGCAACAUGACUGAAUCUAUUUUGAGAUUUAAAUUAGCAUCUCUUUAGACACACACUUCCUGAUUCAGUGUUUCCCAAUCAUGACUGGAAUCAGACUGUAAAGCACAUCAUGGGUUGGAUUUGAGGACUCCAUGUUGCUCUGUAUCUUUGGUUUAUAGAUAAUGAUAGAGUAAGCAGUACAAAGUGUACACUUAAGAAAGGACAGGUAACAGCAUCACUAAUCUAAUUACUGUGCCUUCUAAAUGGAGACACUUGGACACUUGAACUCGUCUUUUUAUGACUAAUACUUUUUUGAGGAAAAAUGUGAAUAUGAAAUUCUGAAAAUAAAAGCUCUUUAGAUUUAGCUAACUCUUGCUGUAGGCUAGGAAUAUGCCUUUUUAAAUUGACAAACAGCGCAUUCUUUUUCAUUGUUGUUAUUUUAGCACUGCUUGAAGUCCCCCAUUUUACACUCUCUCUACUAAUAUUCACUAGCCAGCAUAGUAUUCUUGCAGUGUAAGAGCUCAUUAUUUAAAAAUAAAGACAUCACCAUUGCUCUACCUUGAUCUUAAAAGAAUUGUUUCUAGAGAAGCAAGUUUUAUUGUUUUGUUCUUUGUCUCAAUUUUUUAAAAAAAAAAUUCAAGAGUACCUAUAAAGAAGGCAUAGAGGUUAGAGCACAAGAAUUUAAAAGAGAAUUUAUUUUCUUAAGUUUAGGUAGAUAUGGUUAGCUCUUUGAAAUGUUUUUGUUAUUUUCUGCCUGAGUUCCUAGCUUUAUACAUUACUAGGAAUAUUUUAUUUUGUGGGAGGGGGAAGGCUUUUCAGGGAGCGGGAUGGGUAAGGCACUGGGGAUGGGGCUAGGUAGGGGAGAAAACUUCUGAAAAAAAGAGAACCUAUAAUGAAGCUACAAAUCCAUCCUUAUUUCUUAUUCAGUGCUGAAUACUACCUCAUGCAAAAUAUUGGUGUGGCUGCAAAUUUACCCGAGGAACUGACACAAUUAGAGCUCAAUUACACUAACAUCUUCAUUUUGCCUCAUUUAAUUCUCAUAUAUUUUCUCCUCUUUUGAUUUAUUUAAUUUUGGUAGUAGAUUAUGAAUUAGGUAUUUAUUUUUCUUUACAAGUGAUUAUUCAAUUAACACAUUUAAGUAUUUAAAAAAGUGCCCUUUAAGUUAGGAUGGCUGCCUAUAGAAUUUAGGCUGAUUUCUCCCUGAUCCGUCCUGAUAUUAUAUGGUUAGCUACCAUCACAAGGUCACUUUGUAGUCAGAUUGGACAGUUUUCCACAGGGGUAUUCCUCCCUCUGCUCAGUGGGAAAGAGCUGGAAUGAUUGUGGAAAGUGGGAAUCAAAAGUCUGAACAUAGCUAUGUGGCUGUUGAGUCAGAGAGGCCACUGCCUGCCAUGCCACUUACCAGCCAAUUUAAAAUAAUUAGAGUAGCAGUGGCAUUGAUUCUGCUUUUUUUUUUUUAAAGCUAAGAUCCUUCUCUUAAAUUUUGUCCCCAGAAUUGCUUUCAAGCUACAGACUCAUCCUUUUUCUCUAUCUAAAUACUGUGUUCUCAGUGGGAAGACAGAGAUUUCUUUUUUUUUCCUCCUCCAAACUCUUUACUAAGUAAGUCCAAAAAAAAUUCUCUCAUUGAGGAAAUAUCUUAGUCCUUCUGCAGUUGUCUGAUCUAUGUGUCCUCCCAGAAGUGCAAGUGCAUCUUAGGAGGGCUUUGUCGGCAGGGUUGGCAGGCAGGCAGUGCCUGCAAAUAGGAUUUUUGUGCAAGGACCUUAAAUUUCCCAUUAACUCAUGAUUCUCCCCCUCCUUUUUAGAUGUGAGUGAUGAAAACCUACCAGGACUAGGGGCCCAAAUCUCUUCCCUUUUCCUUCUGCAAACAUGUUAUACACUUAAACACGUGGGAGCAAUUUUGGUUGCCAAGUUUUAGGGAGUUCUAUUUCACUCACUUAUUCUGAUGUCCCUUGGUGUUGAAGUAUGGAGUGCUCAACAAUUCCCUGGGCAGAUAAACUUCUUCACUCAGUGUAAGGAAUCUAGUUUGCAUUGACUGACUGCUCUAUUCCAAAUAUGGGAACAUGCUAUCUGAUAAGAAAUAGGGAGAAGUGAUUCAUAGUGCUAUGUAGAAACUUUUCUUUUCCCUAUGCAGACUAGUAAAUGAACCUGUUCAGAAUGAAACUUAGUAUUCUUUUGAUCCUCUGAAGCCAGUAGACUAAAUUAUGGUCCAUCUUAUUACUGAAAUAGAUAAUGGGCUAGGGGAUCCUGUAGUUUCUACAGAGCAAUGGUUUUCAAAAUAUCACUUCCAAACAAUAUCCCUUGGGAACUUCUUAGAAAUGAUAAUGAUCUGUCCCUACAUAAACUGACUGUAUAGGAAACCCUGUGGAUCUGGCCCAGCAAUCCGUGUAAGUCAGAUGCCCUCUAUAGUUUGAGGACUUUUAAAGCACAGGUUGAUAGUGCCGAAUCCUUGGAGAUUCUUAUUCAGUCGUUCUGGAGUAGGACCGCUUUUCUUCUGUAUGGAUUCCCAGGAGAUACUGAUGAGACAAUACUUUGGGUAUGGCUGCUCUUGAAGAAACUUUCCUCAUAGAACUAUGUCUACGGUGGCCAUUUAUACAAAUUUGUUGACAUGGUGACCCACUAAUCACUAAUAUGAAAUACAACUCAGAACUCUGAAAAUUGGAACUGCCCAGAAUAUCUUUCUUAUCCUAUCAAUUCAGCAUAUGGCUGACUGUUAGAGGGAAAUUCAGAUGACUUUUUCCUGUAUUCCUACUAUAUCAGCAAACAGAAGUGGUCCACUUGAAGUAGCAAAGACAAGGGGCAGUUUGGGGAGAGGCAGGAAUGGAGGGAAUAGCUCGUCUAGGCAUCCAAGGUGAAGAAAGGAUUAUUACUGUAUGUAAUCCACUUUACAGGGAUCAUUUUGAUGGUAAAUGCUCCCCAAAGCACUCUGACAAGUCUGGUCCACUUGGCUCUUUACAUAGGGUUAUAAGACCCUUCUGACUUUGAAGAACUGGCAUAAAUGAGCUGAAGAAGUCCAUUGUAUACAGUCCUAGUGUUUGCCUUCUUGGUAAAAUUACAUUUAAUGAUGUCAUUUCAUGAGUCAAAUUGUAUCUGCUGACACUAAAGUGUAUUGAGAUGUUGUUCUUUAGUUUAAGUAUGUAUCAAAGUAAUAUUCAAAGGGGAUGUAUGGGGGUGGGACUGGGACUGGGUGGCUUUAUAUUGAUAUUGAAAUAUUCCAGAGCAAAACACAUUGUCCUAAUGAAGUUGUUGCAGCUCUCUUUGUUUUCUUGUGAGGCUGAAAUUGGCCUGUGGGUCACUUGUGCAAAAGUGAAUUAAUUUCAAAUAGGAAUCACAUUGCUUUUGUGAAACAAAGAAAAUUAACCACCUUGUCUGAAAUAUACAUUGUAAGGCGCUCUUGGUAAAGAACAACCUGGAAACACCUGAUCUUGAUUGGAAAGCAUUGUAGGUCAUUAGGGAAAACUGAUGAUGCUGACUGUCGAUACAGCUGUGUUGGCAAUUAAAGAUGACCUUGUUACUAACUGAAUGUUGCUGUCAGUCUUAGCAAACAAACCAGCUAACACCUUUACAGCACUGGUUAAGUAGACGUUUACUGGCACUGGCUGCCGUUCAGCUGAGGAAGGCUAGGAUACAGACUUUAAUGACCAAGAGCCAGACUAGCUCAAGCUAGAAAUUCAGCAACAAAUACCUCCUUGUGCUAUUUGAAUGCUAAGGUAUUAGUUGCAAAAGGCUUACGCCUUCGCUCCUCUAGUGAGGGGAAUGAGCCUGAUGACACUAUUACUGUUUACCUGUCAAACCAGGGUGGCAAUUUAGAGGGAUGCAAGUACAGUAUGUCUCAUUAAGCAGUCUCUGUUGCUGAUUAUAUGAAGAUGAAAUUGUUGUAUAUGCUGAUCUGUAUGUUAUGUACAUUUUCACAGUGAUUGAAUCAUUGUAAAAACAAAAAAAGACAAAAAAGAAUCACCACUUUGUCUAUUUUAUGAAGAUGAUAAAGCAGCUUUAUUAAAUUAUUACGGUUAUGUUUAAAUGGUGUUACCUGCCACAUUGUUUCCUUUUAUCUGGUGGUUCUCUGUUUCCCCCUUAAAUGUGUUUUCUCUGCUUCAAAAAUUUAAUGCAUUUUAGUA